AUGUCAGGAAAACGUACUCGAUCUGCUGGUGGCAUGCAGUCUCCAGAGAAGAAGAAGCAAGCUGGAGAGCAUAUCACAAAAACUGUUUCGGAAUUUUAUGAACGGGAGGAUCAGGAGGCGCUGUCAAUGACUAUGGCAUCAAUUGAAGAGUCUUUUGUGGAGCAUUCGCAAAUGUUUAGACAAAAGCUUAUCGACUCCAGUUGUGGUUCAGUUAAACUGCCAGAAGCAUCAAGUUUCGAAGAAUCGCUGCUUUCACUAUUCAUAACACUGCGACGAUUAAAUCGUUUGGCGCAAUACCGAAAUCGACAAAUUCGUGACCGAGUAAAUCGAGAGCGUGCUGUUGUCGAAGAACGAUUUCUUCAGCUACAAAACGUUAGGAGUGAAAUUGAGCACUUGCAGAAGGAGAUUGAUCGCUGUUACGACUUCAGAUCAGCUGAUGAAGAUAUUGAAAUGGUUUCACUAGAAGAAUUCUAUGCAAAUGCACCAGCAAAUAUCUCGAAAGAGGAAAUCACUCGUAAGGAUCAACACCGGCAACAUCUGGCCCGAUUAAACUGGGAGAUGGAGGAGCGUAAGAAUUUGGUUGGAACUUUGCAAGAACGAGAAGGACGAAAAAAUGUACUUAUUACUGAUAUUACAACAAAGGAACAUCGACUAAAGUCGUUGAAACCACGUAUAGAAGCCGUGAUUGAGGCAGCGAGACCGGUGCAAGAACUGAUGGGACUGACGUGUAAUCCUAUUGAUAUUGAGAAGGAACGCGUAUUGUCUCUAUUGCCUCAGGAGCUUUCUGUAAUCGCCAUACAGGUUGAGGCUUACUGUGAUAUUGUUAAAGAAGCAGGAAUAAUACUAAAAUGCAAAGGUGAUUACGAAAGUACUGUGAAAUUUCUGGAAAAUCGACAGCGAGCUUGCGAAAUAAUUGAAGACGCCGAUGAUGAGGAUAGUCAGGAUGAUGUGAACGGAAAGCAGUCACCAUCGGCACGUCAUGAUAAAAGAAAGCAUGUGACCAUGAAAGAAUUGAUUGCUGAAAGAAAGGAUGCCAUUGUUGCUCCUCAUCCUAUUCAUAUUGAAAUGGAAAUCGCUUGCCAGGACGAUAUCUGUGUAACCCUUGUGCUGCAGUUCAUUCCGGGUUUGCGUUCGGUUGGAGUAAUGGUAAGGCUGAGUCGAACACCCACAUCAGCUUAUGGAAGUGCAUUCUUUGAUGAAUCCCUUCUCUCCGAAUUAUUUGAUGGCGACGAUGGAAAUAAGUGUGCCAGUAGUGCGGGGCAAGCCAAAUUGGAUCAGUUAGAGAUUUCUGUGGCUGAUUUGGAACCUAAAAUUGGUCGAUUCUAUGCAUUUGCUCAGAAAAUGGCUGGUAUAAAUGAUCAAGUCCCGUCAAAAAAUCCUCAGUUAUAUGAAAUUUUACAUUCUGUGGUUGGAAAGAUCAGGUCACGUAUACAUUCAAGAUGCGUUCUGGCUCGAAUCACUCAUUCUCUUCAUACUUUGAAAGUAUUCGAUGUUUUAAAAAGCCGGAAUGAUUUCCCCGAUAAUGUCUGUGCAAAAUUGACCGGUUUUCGAAUGAUUACAGCUGAGCAAUUCUUCGAAUAUGAAGCUGUAACGGAAGAAUAUCAAAAACUGAUAGAAUUUGAACGAGGAACAAAUAUUAAUAAACAAUUUUACUUUUCUGCAACAGUUGAAAGAGAUCCAGGAGCCAAACUUCAUGCUUUAAUAUUUGUUGAUGUGAAAUAUCCGAAGGUAAAACCAAUUUUUAUCCUGAGUUUUACGCUGGAUAACGCGGACACUUCUUCAUCAUUCAAUAGCAGUCUUAUUCACGUGGAGCGGAUUUUGAAUGCUGAUUUUACAACUUAUGUAACGUGUGAUGAUCCGAAUAGUAUUCUGGAGGCGCAGAUAGCGUUCUUAAUUUCGCGCUUCGAUAUUCUUCUUGAAUGCGGUAGUGCUGCAAAUAGUUCUGGGCAAUUCAAUCGUGAACAUCUUUUCUCCCGUCCAUAUAGGGGUCGCGAUCAUCAGCUCCCACUAUAUUAUCAGAAAAACAUGAAUGCAUUUACAUUCCGUUCGUAA